CGGUAAUACAACAUUUAUUGGAUGCCAACUGCGCUUAAACCUCGAAGAAGAAUUAAUUUCCUCCACAUUCUUUCUGGUUUGUGGAUCAUGAUGGCUGCCGCCUUGAGAGGAAGCGUUGUAACAUUGGCCAAGGGCCUUACUGGCACUGGUCCGCGGUGGCAGCAGCUGGCUGCCCGGUCCCUCAAUAUGACUGCCAGUCUGGGUGGGCCUGAAGCACCUCCGGCCCGCGCCGACGCCACAUUCAAGGUCACCAUGGUGCCCGGGGAUGGAGUAGGACCUGAACUGAUGACUGCCGUCAAGGAGGUGUUCAAGGCGGGUGAUGUCCCAGUGGAGUUUGAGGAGUUCCACCUAAGUGAGGUGCAGCACAUGGACAGCGACGAGAAGCUGGAGCAGGUGUUGGCCUCCAUGAAGACCAACAGGGUGGCCAUGAAAGGAAAGAUUAACACCCCCAUGGAGUUCAAAGGGGAGCUGGCUGGCUUUGAGAUGAAAAUUAGGCGUAGGCUGGACCUGUUUGCAAACGUGGUACACGUAAACAGCCUGCCCGGCUACAGCACCCGCCACAACAACCUGGACCUGGUCAUCAUCCGAGAGCAGACUGAGGGAGAGUACAGCUCUCUGGAGCAUGAGAGCGUGCCUGGAGUGAUUGAAUGUCUGAAGAUCAUCACUAGGGAGAAGUCUCGGCGCAUCGCCAAGUUUGCCUUCGACUACGCCACCAAGAAGGGUCGCAGCAAGGUCACGGCGGUCCACAAGGCCAACAUCAUGAAGCUUGCAGAUGGCCUGUUCCUACAGUGCUGUGCCGAGGUGGCAGAGCUGUAUCCCAAGAUCAAAUAUGAGAACAUCAUCAUAGACAACUGUUGCAUGCAGCUGGUCCAGAACCCAUACCAGUUUGACGUGCUGGUGAUGCCCAACCUUUAUGGCAACAUCAUUGACAACCUGGCCGCUGGGCUGGUCGGUGGGGCAGGAGUGGUGCCAGGAGAGAGCUACAGCGCCGAGUACGCCGUGUUUGAGACCGGAGCUCGGCACCCCUUUGCCCAGGCUGUAGGCAGGAACAUCGCCAACCCCACAGCCAUGCUGCUCAGUGCUGCCAACAUGCUCCAUCACCUCAACCUGGAAUACCACUCCAAUAUGGUGUCAGAUGCUGUCAGGAAGGUCAUCAAACAGGGCAAGGUGCGGACGCGAGACCUGGGCGGUUACAGCACGACCGGGGACUUUGUGCAAGCCGUUGUGGGGAACCUCCGCCACCGACCCAUGUACUAAAGAAGUCCCGAUCCCCUGAACGCCCUGCCCUUUUCUGUAAACUGGACGGCCAACCAAAUAUAAUCUGGAUAUAUUGAACCCAAUAUUGCCACAUUCCCUAAACUUUACCCCACUAACUUUUUUGCUCACUUUCCCACUAAACUAACACUUAAGUCACUCUUGGCAGCUCUCUCCUCCGCUUUCUUUUCAUAUUCCUCUUUACGCGCUCGGUGUAUCCUUUAUUUUGUUUUUCUCUCUUGCUCAAAUUCAAAAAUGAUUGGCCAAAGCAGAUAAUUCUCGUCAUUUAAUUUUUUUUUUUUUACCAAAUCGUCCAUUUAUGCUGUGGACUUCUUUUCCUUGUGGAACCCUUUCUCCAACUGAGCACCCCCUGCUUGGUGCCGUUUCCUGCUUCUCUCUUUUCCUCCAUGUCAGCCUGUUCUUUUGUACUGCCUCUGCUGUUGGCUGCACUCUUCUAUAAGCUGUUCUAGAAUCUUCUCUGUUUUGUCUGCUCUACUAACUCCCUAUAGUCUACUCUCCUAUUUGUCAGCUAACUCUUUCCCUCCACUCCAACUCUUCCUCUUCUCUCUCUGAGCUGUUUCAUUGUCUCUGCUGUGGACAAGCAUAUGAUCUUAUAUUACAUUGACCUCCACUAGUUCAGCUUCGCAGUCCAUACCGGUCGGGCCGUGUGUUAUUCAGCAGUAUUGGUCAAGCAGGUUUCGAGCCACAGGGACAAUUCACCGACGCCAAAGCGAGUGAGAAAUCUCUACCACAGCACUGUAUCAAUGGAUAUCUGGCCUGUCAUUUCACAGUCCUGAGUCGUGCCAGGUAUAUACAGUACGUUGUUCAUAACCCUUUGACUCUAUGUGCAGACUUUUCUUGGCUUGGAGUCCAGGCUACCGUGGUAGCAUAUGCGUAGACUACCGUAGCUGUAGACUUCCGGUCAUUGCGCUGACGCUAGUUAGCAUUGGCUCUUGAAACUACCUCUAACUGCCUUCAUUCUGUAUGCAGAGACAAAAAUGGUAUCCAUGAGUUCAUCUGACUCUGGGUAAGUAGAAAAACAGCUUAAUUGCCAGAAUCUUGCAGUGUCCUUUUUAACUGGCCUUUUCAAUCACAACCUUUAAUUAUGUGCACAGUCAGGUUAAGACUGUUUCAGUUGCUGUAAAAAAAAUGUUUUUUUUUAAACUGCACUGGUUUCCACUGAGUCAUCAUAAACAUGGAAGUUUCUCACAAACACAUAUCAGCAACACUGUCUUAAAGGAGGCAGGAUGUAGAGGUCAUUUCUGAGAAGGGUGACAUUUUUCAGAAUCUACAAUCAAUGUUUUGAUAUUGUUGCGUUAGCAGGGAUGCUAACACGUUAGCCAAUUUCACCGUUUGGUAUUUGUAGCUAGCUUCAUAGAACCUUUUAAUUAACCAUUGUCGCUCAUCUGCAUACUCUAGUCAUCACUAGUGACUAAAAAUAAAUCUUAAUAAUUUGUUCACUGUGUAUGCUGUAAAACGCACAUAAUGUGUAUCGUAGAGGUCACUAUCUAGGUAGCUUUUUGCUGGAGUAGUGACCUUGGAGAUCCAUCGUGUUUGGCUGUUCAGUCAGGCAAAGCUCUUUCAUCAUUAAAUUUGCAAACGAACAAGCCACUGUAACUCGAGCCUAUGACCAGCCUUGCCUGAGUUCACUUUGGCUUUGGACUUUGUGCCAAAAGUCCAUUAAAUUAUAUAUUGGUUAUGUUGAUGAUCUCAGUGGUAGCAUUUCUAUUAGAGACUUAGACUGGCAUGUGUCAGUCAGUCAUUGGGACUUCAAAUGUAUUGGCUUAUGUCAUAUUAUCAUGGUCAAAUACUGAAGAAUAAAAGAUGGGAAAAUGUUUGUUGGCCUGUUUUCUCAACAACAAAAAUGUAAUCAAAGGUGUGAUUUUUAAACUCGCAUGGUUUUGUUUUCCAGGCGUAGGAUGAGUGGUGCAGCAUCUGUUGAAAGACCAACAUAGACUACGCUAGCCAUAAAUGUAGAUUCCUGAGUCAUCCAUUCUUAUUUAGUAUGUUUGGUCAUUAACUGUUUUAUGAAUAAAUACAUGCAUACGACCAUGGACUUGAGUUGCUUCAACAUAAGCUAAUAUUCCUCUACCCUAUUUAUGUGUGGCUGAGUUUGGUGGUGAAAAAGGCUCUCUUACACACUAGUCAUGUUUUGUGUAUAUAUUUGUGAGGACCAUUGUCUUUCCGGGAAUGGACCAGGGCCUAGUUUCCCAAAGGAUGAGCAGCCUUAAGCUGAUUUUGAGGAAACCAGGCUUGUGUGUGUGUGUGUGUGUGUGUGACACUACUCUUUUAUUUGUGGCAGGUGCGCACAGGAGACCUGGGGGGCUAUGCCACAAGCGACGAGUUCACCAGAGCUGUCAUCGCCAACCUAGCCAUCUGAGCUAGCCUCUCAAACAUACUUUAUUUUACUGCCUUCAAACUAGUCUCUGCAUUGACCACUCAAACAGCUGCGCAACAGAUUAAAUCCUGACCCAUGCUCAACAACAGCUAACACCCAUAGACUGAAAUGCAUACAAACCCCAAAAGAUGUAAAAAUACACACAAUGAAAUUGAGGACCGGUUACAUAAAUGAGAAGACAAUAUGGGGACGACACCUACAGUCUUAGGUACCAAAAUAAAUGUUUUCCCAUUCAACGAUAGUUGUAUGGAACUUGUAAGUCACAUUCCACAUUCUCUACCAGAGUGGUGGUGUUCAAUGAAUGGGUCUUGUUUAGAUAUUCAUACAAGAUGCAUGUACUAUAUCAGUAUAUUUUAUUUAUUUACUACAAGUGUUAUAUGCAUUAUUGACAUGUUCAUUCAUAAUUAGUAAUAAACAUAUUCCUAUACCUGA